AUGAAGGCGAGCGCUGGCGCGGGGCACGCCGGGAACGCCGACGCCCAAGAUGGCGGCAGGAUUGAAAAGUUGUUGCCGCGGCGGCGGCGGCGGCGGCGGCUCUUCUGGCUCGGCUUGAGGCGCCUGCUCUUCCGGGAUGGCGGCGCAGUGAAGGGAGCGCGCGGCCCGGGCGGGGAGAUGCCUCCGGGCCCCGCCUGA